UUUUUAAACCAAAGGUUGACCCAACAAUGCUGCAUGCCCCAUAACUUUGACCUCACAUAAUUCGCUCCAUAAUUAGUUCGUGGCUCGGCCUCUGUAGAAUCGUAGACAUUAUUGUCCGCCUGUAUAAUACAAUUUGGAGGAUUGGUUUAAGUUCAUUAACUCAUAAACAAUUGUUUCUUUUCAAUGAAGCUUGUCGACAUACUAGAAUAAUCUACAAUGAAAAAGAGAAACAUGCCUUUGCACUUGAGCUUGGAAAAAGGCUCGUAAAAGAAGAGGGAGAAUGGAGUCGCUACUUAGACGAUCAGAUGGGGAGCCCGAUUGUUGAAGCCACGGAGAAGGGCAUCAUUGAGUUGGUAAAUGAGAUUUUAGGAAAAUUUCCCGAGGCUGCAUAUAGCUUUGACAAGAAUAGUGAUAAUGACAAAAGAAAGAACAUAUUGCAUAUAGCGGUUGAGCAGAAAGAUUGGAAUAUCUACAACUUGUUGAGGAGGAAAAUUGAUCUCAGAGAUGGAAUGCUGGUGGAAGAUGUUGAUUAUCAUGGAAACACCAUAUUACAUCUUGCUGCCAAAUUGGGUACCCCAAGUUUUAGAUUAGCUCAAGCCGGACAUUUGUACCAGAUGAUGUGGGAUGUUUGUUGGUUUAAGCACGUGAGUUACGACUCUCCCCCACAUUUAUGGUAUCUUCGAAACUCGGAUGGGGAGACGGCAACAAAAGUAUUCGCAAAAGAACAUUCGGAAAUACGAGAGAAGGCUGAGAAAGCAGUCAAAGAUGUGAACAAUGGCCUAAUGCUAAUUGUUGCGUUGAUCGGGACAGUCAAUUAUGCCGCACUUCUUACCCCGCCGGGUGGUUACCGUCAAAGCGAGGGAGAUCCUUUUUACGGUCUCCUCGUUUUCCUCACGGACGAUAUGCGCAUGUACUUCUUCCACAUAUUAUGUGGCCUUUUAGCUGCUUUUUUUGCCUUCGCGACUAUGUUUUCAAUUCAGUCAUGUCCGUUCCGUAGCAAUGACUUCUACCUGGACUUGCCGUUGAGACUUUUGCUUGCUAUGCUUUCCUUGGUUCUCUCCGUGGUAUUCACGGCCCUAUCAUCUCGACAGGUCUACUUUCUUGAUGGGCUUUUUUUCACUCAGGCCCGAUACGUUAUAUACAUGUGCUUGCUCGUUCUAAUAUUAAUCCUUGGAUCCAUAGACCCACCAUUCUUGAUCUUCUAUUACCUUUCUUUUUUGUUCAGAUAUUGGGUUAAUGGUCAAUGAUUCUAUGGAUUAUCUCUUGUAAUUCUUUCCGAUUGUUAGGAUAAUAUUCUUUCCUUUUUAUUUUAUUUUAUUUUAUUAUUCUAGCUGUACGUACAAUAGGAAAUAACUUGAUUAUAGGAAGA